GGGGAGGGAGGGAGAGAGAGAGAGAGAGAGAGAGAGAGAGAGAGCGAGACUGCAAAAAUUGGUCUUCUCUGUUUGGUUGUUGCUAGAGAAAGCAAGAGAUAGAGAGUGUCGAAGAGUUGUUUCAUGUGGAUUUAAGGUUUCGAGGGGAUUAAGAUUGGAAGAAAGGCGAAGGGGAUGGCGGGUGUUAUAGAAAGUGAAAAGUAUUGUUUGCUUAAGGAUUUUAGCGUGGAUGUUGAGGUUGAAGAUGAAGGGAGUUUCUCACUUUGUUUCUGGGUUUACCUCUUGAAUUCCACUACAUUUCCAGCCACGAUUAUCAGACAGGUGCACAUGGAUAUGAGUGUCAGUGCUCCCUUCCUUGUUUUAAAUGAAAACAAGAUGAUGAUGCUUUUGCCAUUGACUCUCUUACACAGGGAAGCUCCAGAUCCUGGAAAUACUGCCUCCUGGACAGAAGUUCCAAAUGUACCCAUGAAAAUUGAGUUUCCUUUAGAAAAAUGGAUUCAUGUUGGAUGCGAGGUUUCUAGAAAUUUUGUGCGUCUUCACAUUGAUGGUGAUAUUGUGGGGGAGCAAUUUCUAUCGUCCUUGCUGAACAAAGACUCCAACCCAGAUUUUCCGAGGAAGAUGACAUUGUUUAGUGUUGGUGGCGAUGGUUAUAGUGUACAAGGUUAUAUCUACAAUGCAAAAGUUGUGCGUUCAAGAAUUUAUCUCAAGGAACACUAUGUGGAGGACCCACCAUUACAUUUAUCUAUUGAUAAUUCAUCUACCUCUGAAAUUGAAGUAGACAGUGAUGGUGUUUGGAGUAUUGUUGGCGGCAAGGCAUCUUGUCGCAGGAUUUUCUCCUUGGACCUUAUUCUAUCAAAUGCCAUUGGCCAGACAGUGACCAAGGAAAUGGAGGUUGUUGCUUCACUUUUAUACGCUGAUAGUGGGACCCCUGUGGAGAAGACAGGUGAUGCAGAGCCACCCCUUUUGGCAAGCUAUGAUGGGAUAGAAUUUGCUUCAGGUGAUAGACCAAGCAAACUAUUGCGAGGGCGUGCAUCUUUUAAGCUUAAGAUAUCUCAGCUUUCAUCCAAAUGUGAUAACAGGCUGUUCUGCAUUAAGUUUCAAAUUCUGAAACUUAAGGGAUAUCCUUUCUUUGAGGUACUUUCCAAUCCAAUUCGUUGUAUUUCCCGGAGUCGUAAUACACGGACAGCCACUGUUAUUUGGAAAAGAACAACCUCUGCUAGCCAUCUGCUAAAUGAAACUCAGUCAAGUGGGUUAGACGACAACUCGUCAGAACUUCGGCAUCAUACCAUAGGUGAAGCAACACCUACUCCUUCGUUGAAACGGUGCAGACUGGGAGAAGAAAGGAUAUCCAUAGUGGAGCGACCUGAAGAAGAAUGCAAUUCUUAUGGCUGCACUGCUAAACAGAAUGGGAAUGCAUAUGAUUCAAGAUUGGAGGAGAGACCUAAUAACCUUGAAGAAGCAGAGAACUCUUCAUCUGAUUCGGAGAGUACUGAAGUUAGAGAUCCAGCAUUCAGGAGCAUGUCAAGUUCUAGAAAUCCGAUUUCAGAUUUGGCCAUUUUUAAAUACUGUCUUGGACGCUUGACUGACAGGUCCCUUCUGCUGAAGGAAAUUGUGACAAAUGCAUCUGAUACAGAACUUUUCGACUUUGCAGAUCAGGUUUCCCUUUUUUCAGGAUGCUCUCAUCACAGUUACCAAAUACAUAUGGCUAAACGAUUGAUAGCAGAAGGAGAAAAAGCUUGGAAUUCAAUCUCAGAGAACAACCACCAAGUUCAUUGGGAAAAUGUGGUUUUUGAGAUUGAAGAGCAAUUCAUGAAGAUUUCUUGUUGCAAUACUAGAUCUCUUACUCAACAGGACCUUGAGCUUCUCAGAAGAAUUGCUGGAUGCCAUGAUUAUGUGGUGCAAGAAAACUUUGAGAGAAUGUGGUGUUGGUUAUAUCCUGUUGCCUAUACACUCUCAAGAGACUGGAUAAAUGCAAUGUGGAAUUCUGCAUCACCUAAAUGGAUAGAAGGGUUUGUUACAAAGGAAGAAGCAGAAAAUUCACUCCAAGGUCCACGGGGCCUUCAAGAGCCUGGCACAUUCAUACUUCGGUUUCCCACUUCCAGAAGCUGGCCGCAUCCAGAUGCAGGUAGCUUGGUCGUCACUUAUGUUGGUCGUGAUUUUGCACUCCAUCACAGGCUGCUCUCCCUUGAUUGUCUUUUCAGCUCUGAUAGAGAAAUGUAUGGUAAACAACUACAAGAUAUGCUAUUGGCAGAACCUGAGCUCUCUCAGUUGGGAAGGGUGCUAAGAAGCUAUUAAGCUCGCCUGGAAUCCAGCAUUUUACCAUUUUGCUUUCUGGGUCUCCUCCUGGUCCAUCUUCUACCAGUUUUGUCAAGAGAAGAGGAGUUUUUCUUCUUUAGUCUGUUGUAAAUAUAUUCACUUUCAAAUUGUGUCAAAAUCCUGAUUACGAAUUGUGGCUAAUGGGCUCUGAGGUUUUACAGAUCACUUGCAAUUUAAGGUUGCAGAUUAUGCUAGGAUAACUCAUUCAGAAAUUCAUUAUUUGAUAAUUUAAUCAUUUUGUUUAGACACAAAUCCUCUUUCACCGGGGAAAAAAUC